GUUACAUCGCAGUCGCAGUGAAAUCAAAGGCAGCCUAAGGUCACCUCAGCUCCCCACGUUGCCUGUAGAAGCACAGUCCAUUUAUAAUUUUUCACGUCUGUUACUCCUGUGUAACGACACCAUGGACAACUUUGAGAAUUUCAACACGUCCGAAAAGGCGCAAGCGGCGGAGUUGCAACGAAUGAUCGCCGUAGAGCAGCAGAAAGCACAGUUCCAGGCUCAGGUGCACAAUUUCACUGACAUCUGCUGGGACAAGUGUGUGGACAGCCCGGGUUCAAAGCUCGACUACCGGACAGAGACGUGUCUAGUGAGCUGUGUGGAGCGAUUUAUCGACACCACCCUGACCAUAACCAACCGCUUCACACAGAUGGUGCAGAAGGGAGCACAUUAAUGACAGACUGGAAGUAUCAAGAGGACUGUAUGAGGACAUUAAUGACAACGUGUAAAGGAUGUGUUUUUAUUUCUUCCUGUUUGGACUGGUGGUGCUUUAGAGGUCCAAAAGAAGUCAUGUGACAUUAGUGAACCGAGACCAAGCACUUCGCCCUCCUGUCUAUUAUCCAUCAUGUUGUAAACACAGUUAAGGAUGGAGUACAGUUCUUUCUUCAGGAUGCUCAUUCACUCAUCUCUGUGAAGAGCAUGUCCAGCUUCAGUUGUGUCCCUUUCUUUGUCACACCAUCAUAAUGUAAGUGAGAAAAGAAGUGAUGAUAAGGAUUUUCAUCAACAUCAUUAUUGACAGUAGCACUGGAUUGUUUUCACAUAUUUAUUUACAAAAAGUUGUAUGUUGAAAAGUGAAAGUUCACAUGAAAGCAUGACUUUAAAGACAAGUGUACACAUACAGAAUUUAAUGGAACUGAAUGAAGUUGGAAAUAAAUAUACAAGUUUAACAAUUCUUAA